AUGCCUUCUGGUGUAUUAACCUUUAAAACUCCCUUACAGGUGCUUGCGCAACACAGACCUCUGCCCUCUGUUUUGGUACUCACACCCCGAAUAUUUGGAUGUGUGGCUUUCGUUCAUCUCCACAAAAAUCAACGUAGCAAACUUAAUCCUUGUGCGCUUCGUUGUGUUUUUGUGGGUUAUGCCACUCAUCAGAAAGGCUACCGUUGUUAUCACCAUCAUACCCGACGUACCUAUGUCACUUUGGAUGUGACCUUUUUGGAAUCUGAGCUGUUCUUCCAUGACUCAUCAUCCAAUUCUACGCUUCAGGGGGAGAUACGAAGUGAAGAGCAGAAUUGGAGCAACUUGGAAAACGAAGAAAUUCUCCUAUGUACAGAAAUAAUUGAUCAUCCUGAGUCUGGAGCACAAGAUUACUCUAUUCCGAACAGCGACCAAUCGCCCAUUCAUAGCGAUCAAUUACUUGACCCACCUGAUCCAUACGAAGAUAUUUCUGAUCCGAGUCUCACACCUACAGACAAUACAGAACAACAAGAUGAAGACUCCCCCUCUAACUCAACAGUACCAACAGACCAAUCUCAUGAGAAUAUCCUUGAGGUAACUACUCCUACUAGACUUGUGCAUUUAGAGGAUAAAACUAUUGGAUAUCAAUUACUUUUUAGGCAAAAUCGUGGGAAGCCACCAAACCGUUAUUCACCUGAAAUUGGCAAGACAUCCAAGUAUCCAAUUGCAAAUCAUGUAUCCACUGAGAAGCUAUCUAAACCACUCAAGGCUUUUGUGCAUCAAUUGUCUGCUAUCCAUAUUCCAACCAAGGUCUCUGAAGCAUUGAAAGAUACUAAGUGGGUCCAAGCUAUAAAAGAGGAGAUGAAAGCUCUUGAGAAAAAUCAGACUUGGACAUUGGAGACUAUACCACGAGGAAAAAAGACUAUCGGAUGUAGAUGGGUGUUUACUAUAAAACACAAUGCAGAUGGAUCUAUCGAGCGAUACAAGGCAAGACUUGUGGCAAAAGGGUACACACAGACCUAUGGUAUAGACUAUGAAGAAACCUUUGCUCCAGUUGCAAAGUUAAACACCGUCAGAGUCUUAUUGUCCCUUGCAGCUAAUUUGGAUUGGCCACUACACCAGUUUGAUGUAAAGAAUGCUUUUCUACAUGGCGAACUCACGGAGGAGGUGUACAUGGACAUUCCUCCUGGUUAUAAUACUAUUCAGACUGAAACAGUUUGCAGGUUACGAAAAGCAUUGUAUGGUUGA